AUGGAUACAGUGGCAUCUAAACUUGGCUUCAAUGGAAGAGAAAGCUUUCAACAAGCAGAAUUAGGAGAUUAUUACAAUAGUCUAGGCAGUAAGCAUGGCAACCAGCUGAGUGGCAAUCCUGACAGUACCCCAAGCCCAGGCACCUCAGGGCAAGGUACCCCAGAGUCAACCACCCCAAACCCAGGCACUCCAGGGCCAGGCUCCUCAAAGCAAGCCAUCUCAGAGCCAAGUACUCCAAGCCCAGGCUCUUCAGGGCAAGGUACCCCAGAGUCAAGCACCCCAAGCCCAGACACCCCAGGGCCAGGCUCCUCAAGCCCAGAUACCCCAGGGCCAGGCUCCUCAGGGCCAAGCACCCCAAGCCAAGAUAUCCCAGGGGCAGGCUCCACAGGGCCAAGCACCUCAAUCCCAGGCACCCCAGGACCAGGUUCUUCAGAGCCAGGUACCUCAAAGCCAAGCACCCCAAGCCCAGGCACUUCAGGACAAACCACCCCAAUCCCAGGUUCCCAACAGCAAACCCAAGGACAGGCAAAACCCCCAUAUCCCUCCAGCCAGAAGGCCCUGGUGACAGGAGGUGGUGGCUACUUUGGGUUCAGUCUGGGCUCCAGUCUUGUCCGGAAAGGAGUCUCAGUGGUUUUGCUCGACAUCCAGCAUCCUAAAUGGGAGCUACCCAAAGGAGUUGCAUUCAUUCAGGCUGACAUCCGGGAUGGGGAGGCCCUAUAUCAAGCCUGUGAAGGAGUUGACUGUGUUUUCCAUGUGGCUUCCUAUGGAAUGUCAGGUGCUGAAAAGCUGCACAAAGAACAGAUUGAAUCUGUAAACAUUGGCGGAACUAAAAUAGUGAUUGACGUCUGCAUCAAACGGCAAAUUCCAAGGCUUGUCUACACCAGCACUGUCAAUGUUGUAUUUGGAGGAAAGCCCAUUGUGCAAGGUGAUGAAGACUCUGUGCCAUAUUUCCCACUUGAAAAGCACAUUGACCACUAUUCACGGACCAAAGCCGUCGCAGACCAGAUGAUCCUCACAUGCAAUGGAACCCCACUCCCUGGAGGAGGUACUCUUCGAACAUGUGUCCUUCGUCCCCCAGGUAUCUAUGGGCCAGAAGAACAGAGGCACCUUCCCCGAGUGGCGGGGAGUAUCAGGAAGAGAUUAUUCACUUUCAAAUUUGGGGAUCCCAGGACACGAAUGAACUGGGUCCACGUGCAGAACCUGGUGCAGGCACACAUUCUGGCAGCAGAAGCACUCACUGCAAACAAAAAGUACAUCGCAAGUGGUCAAGCAUAUUACAUCAAUGAUGGAGAGAGCGUCAACCUCUUUGAAUGGAUGUCCCCUCUGUUUGAUAAGAUGGGAUACAGCCGGCCAUGGAUCCAGAUUCCAACUUCCUUGGCUUAUUUGUCAGCUUCAGGAAUGGAAUAUCUCCACCUGGCCCUGAAACCCAUUUGUGAUUUCCCACCUCUGCUGACCCGAAGUGAGGUGUGGAGUAUCGCUGUGACUCACACCUUCCAGAUCCGCAAGGCCCGUGACCACCUCGGCUACACUCCGGAGAAGUUCGCCUUUGCUGACUCAGUAGACCAUUACAUCCAGACCUGGCACAAGCAGCAACGCCACAGCCCAAGGUUUCUAAGAUUACUGAUGGUCCUCAUUUGCCUCCUUGGUACACUCUUGCUUUCCCUAUCCUUACUGGACCCCUCUUUCCUGGGGCUCUCUCAUGGAAACUACAUGUAA